ACACACCAACCACAUCACUCAUCUAAUCCACAAUGGCCACCGAGUUGAGCGCGACCGCGAAACCUCUUCGAGAUCCUCGUAUCAGGCUCAUUCUGAGGCCCGCCUCGUCAGUGUCCUCGGCGCCGACGCCUAGUGUCAAGAACAGAUCGAAGCCUCCGUCCCUCACUGAGCCUCAGUCCAUCGUCACAAUCCUGGUUGGCGGCGAACCAGAGCCAAAGCGAUUCAGCGUCCACAAGGAGACCUUGUGCUAUUACUCUCCGGUCUUCAACAAAGCAUUCAAUGGGGUGUUCCUUGAGGGAGAGACUCAAACUAUGACACUCGAGGAUGUGGAUGCUUCUGUCUUCGGACUCUUGGUCUCAUGGCUGUACACCGGCGACAUCGCUACGCGCGAGUCCAGACAGCAUGACAACAGCUUCAAACUAUACCAAAAGCCCAUUCAGUUGGCGAAGCUCUGGAUUCUGGGCGAGAGAUUUCUCAUGCCGCGGUUACAAAACCGGGUUGUCGAUGAAAUCUUCAUUGCCAUAGACGUCAUGUUCGAUGUGAAAAUAUACAAGUCCAUUGAGAACGAGACACCUGCCGAGCUCGUUAAGUCCUUCGUACAGUUUGCCUACUCCGCAGGCUCCCCUACUCUUCAAAGGCUGGCAGUAUCUAUCCUAGGUCAUCGCUGCCCGGAGAAGAUUUUCAUGCAGCUUAUUGAUGGUCUACCUAAGGAAGCCUGGUUGGAUGUUGCUAAAGUUCUGAAGUGGGGUGAAGAGAUGAUGUGUGUCGAGGAUUUCUACUUUGCAGAGGGCUGA